UUCUUCCUCCCUCCCUCUUCCUAACGCCCCUCCCCCCCUGUAUAAACCUUGCUCUCAGCUGAAAUCCACUGCCACGAGGAAGAAGCCAUGGAGAUCACGUUCACCGGCAAGCGCGCGCUCGUCACGGGAGCCGGAAAGGGAAUAGGACGAGCCACAGCUCUGGCUUUAGCGCGCGGGGGCGCGGAAGUUGUAGCGGUCACGCGCACACAGGCCGACCUGGAUACGCUCGUGCACGAGUGUUCUUCCAUUAAGCCUGUGUGUGUGGACCUGGCGGAUUGGGAUGCUACUGAGCGUGCACUGAAAGACGUGGGUCCUGUCGACCUGCUGGUGAACAACGCAGGCUGCGCCAGGCUGGAAUCCUUCCUCGAGAUCACGCAGGACAGCUUUGAUGUGUCUUUUGGUGUGAACGUGAAAGCAGCCCUACAUGUUGCUCAAAUUGUGGCCAAAGGAAUGAAAGCCAGGGGAAGUGGAGGCUCCAUCGUGAACAUCUCCAGCCAAGCUUCACAACGUGCCUUUAAAGACCAUGCAGUGUACUGUGCAACCAAAGGAGCACUGGACAUGCUGACAAAAGUGAUGGCUCUGGAGCUGGCGCCGUACAAGAUCAGAGUGAACUCUGUAAACCCUACUGUGGUGUUGACAGACAUGGCAAAAAUAGGAUGGAGUGACCCGGUAAAAGCUAACGCCAUGAUCUCGCGUAUCCCGAUGGGCAAAUUUGCUGAAGUGGAGGAUGUGGUCCACGCCAUACUGUUUCUGCUCUGUGACAAGAGCGCCAUGACUAACGGAGCGUUCCUGCCGAUAGACGGAGGCUUCCUGAUCUCUUAAGUCGGAGUCCCGUUGUGGGAACCGCCAGGAGAUUUGACGGAGAUUGAAGGGGAAAAUAAACAGCACUACAGUGUAUUCCACAUGUGUACUAACUGAUUUUUGUAGCUUCUUGUAGCUUCAUACUUCAUGAUGUCCUGCCAAGACAAACUAUUAUAGGGAGGUCAGAGGUGCUAAUUUUUCUAUUGUACUGAGUAACUGUGAAAAUCUAUAACACUGUAAUGAAGGAUCAUAAAGCCAUCGAGUAUUAAAUAAAUGGGCUAAAACUA